AUGAAGGUCGAAUAUUUCGAAGUGACACUCGAUAGAGGUAUAGACGUGCCAUAUUUGGGUGGUGAAAUCAUUAAGGGUGUCAUCGAAAUGGUGUGCUCGAAACAGGUGCGCAUCAACGGGCUCAUUGUGCGUUUGACGGGCGUCGCCGAGACUGGUUGGCGGAGUCGGCAAGACGAUUUGCCAUACGAGAGCAGAAACACGUUCAUGGAUGAGAGAAUCGAUUUAACUACGGUCAUCGCCGAACACUGUACCGACGAUUUCGAGCUACACGAAGGCAAGCACAGUGUCGAGUUCGAAGGCAAAAUUCCGCUCGACGUGCUCUCAUCGGUUGAACGUGAAAAUCACGGAAAUGUGCGAUACACAUGUACGGCGCUGAUGGCGAUUCCGGAGGAUGGCGACACGGAAGUUGUGUCGGAGAAGAUAUUCAAAGUGCACUCGCUACUCAAUCUUGAUGCUCCCUACCUUCGAGACAAGUCUUAUGUUACAGAAGAGCAAGAGAUAACGGGUUGUUGUGGUAGAGCACGAGGAUCGAUGGUGGCGACGAUGAUCGUUGAUGAAAUUGGUGUCAUGCCAGGCGAGACUUCGAAGAUUAGUAUAACUGUGGAGAAUAAGACGAAGAAAAAGAGGAGGUGGACGAGGAAAAAGGAAGGACAUGAAUGUGUGCUACUCUCCCUUUGUCAGCAGCUCGAUUUCAUCGCAGUGAAUCGCUAUGAUCCGAAAUUGGUUGAUCAGAAAUCGGUGACAAUCGCCGUUGAAAGCCACGGUACUUGCAAGACAAAAGCAGGCACCGGACCACAAACCAAAGAGAUCGAGUUCAGCGUGCCGUCGAAUCUGCCGCCGACGUCGAUUCACGCGAAUCGCCUUGUUACCAUAUCAUACUUUUUCAAGCUCGACCUCGAACAUUUCGACCUGAUACUUCCCGUGAUUGUCGGCAGCCAUAAAACGCCGGGCAAGAUCGACUAG